CGGAAGUGGUUAUCUCCCUUUACAAAAACACGUGUGUUGAAGAAAAUAGAAAACAAACCAAAACAUAAUAAGUUUCUAUCAAGAUGAAGAGAAAACGAAAGUACGAAUCAGGUUCAGCCACUGCCUUCAUCACCAGAAACCAGGCAUUAAGAAAAUUACAGUUGAGUCUCAAGGAUUUCAGGCAGUUAUGUAUCUUGAAAGGGAUCUACCCGCAGGAACCAAAAAAGUUGAAACAAGCGACAAAAGGAAGUGGAAUAACUCGGACAUUUUAUUUUGUUAAAGAUAUUAACUAUCUCUCUCAUGAACCAUUAAUUGUUAAAUUCCGUCAAACCAAGCGAUUUAUGAAAAGAUUAACAAAAGCCAUACAUAAGAAGAAUGAUGAUGCUGUGGCCAGAAUUAAAGCCAGUCGACCUAAAUAUAAACUAGAUCAUAUUGUUAAAGAAAGAUAUCCAUCAUUUAUUGAUGCUGUUCGUGAUUUAGAUGAUUGUUUAACCAUGUGUUUUCUAUUCGCUACUCUCCCCACGUCGUUCACUGUUAAAACUAGAUCCGUUCAACUCUGUCGUAGGCUCACAGUUGAAUUUCAACAUUUUGUGAUAACAAGUCAAGCUCUUAGAAAGGUGUUUAUUUCUAUAAAAGGUAUUUAUUAUCAAGCUGAAAUAAUGGGACAGACGAUUACCUGGAUUGUACCUCAUAAAGUUGGUUAUCAGCAACCCAGUGAUAUAGAUUUUAAGAUAAUGAGAACAUUUGUUGAUUUUUAUACGACGCUUCUUGGAUUCACCAACUUCCGCUUAUAUCAUUCAUUAAAUUUACACUAUCCACCACAGCUCCAACUGGCAGGAGCAAAAGACGAGACAGAAACAAAAUGUCUGAAAUCAGAAGCUACAGAAGAGAGGUUAGCAGCAAUGACACAGACGUUAAAAGCCAUGGUAACAGAUAACAUUGAAGACGCAGAUGUUGAUGAAUUUCCUGUUGGUAAUCCUGAUGAUCCAGAUUUUAUAGAAAAAGCAAAACUCGAAUCAGAAAAAUUGAACCAGUUCCAGAAUUUAUUCAAAGGAAAGAAAUUUUUCUUAAAUCGUGAAAUUCCACGGGAAUCCAUCACAUUUAUUAUCAGGUCAUUUGGAGGUGAAGUAUCGUGGGAUAAAUCGUUAGCCGUUGGCGCCUCCUACCAAGAAUCAGAUGAAAGUAUAACACAUCAGAUAGUAGACAGACCAACAGUAGAGAAACAGUUUUUAUCCAGAUAUUAUAUACAGCCUCAGUGGAUAUUUGAUUGUGUUAAUUCUCAGAUGUUGAUACCUGUUGAAGAUUAUUUCCCUGGUGUUGAACUUCCACCUCAUUUAUCUCCCUUUGUUAAAGAGAAAGAAGGAGAUUACGUACCGGCAGAACGUAAACAACAGAUGCGACGACAACAAGGGAUAGAUUCAGGUGUGGAAGAAGAUGAUGGUUUGAUGGAGGAUGAGGAUGAUGAUGAUGAGGAUGAAGAAGAAGCUGUUGAAGAGGAGGAGGAUGAUGAUGAUGAGGAGGAGGAAGAUGAAGAGGAAGAUGAUAGUGAUGAAAAUAGUGAUGAUGAAGAAGAAGAAACACCUAAAAAGAGUAAGAAGGAUGUUAAGAAGCCUGUUAAAACACCAAAACCAGCAAAAAAGCCAAAAGAUAUGGCCGUUACACCAGGAUCGGUUGAGAAAGUCAACGUAAAUCGUAAAGUUCAGCAGCAAGAGAAAGAAGAAAAACGAUUGGCUGAAAUGAUGAUACCGAAGAAGAAGAAAAGAUUGUAUGAAACUAUCGUAAAAUCUCAGACUCGCAGAGAUACUAAGAUUCAACAAUUGAAAGAUAAACGAAAAGUCAUCAACAGAAGAAAUAAACUUUCUAAAGCGGGUGGGGAAUGAAAAAACUGUAUUUAAAAUCACCAAUAAAGUUUUAAAAAACUGUGAAAAACGUUGAUAAAUUGUGAACUCAAUAGUUCCAUCAAUACCAGAAGUUGUUUUUUUCAUGCUGAAUACAUAUAUAUACAGUCGAGAACAUCAAGAACAUCGGAACAAGAAUAUUAGUGAUUAUUUAUGAUCCCAACAACAGAAAUUGAUGGAUUUUAUAUUUUUAUCAUGAAGAAGUCAAGAAUAAUACUGGACUAUAAUUUCCUGGAAUACUGGGACUUGAAGGCCACAUAAAAUUAUUGUUUGAAUUUAAGAAAGUAGACAAUUAUAACAAUUAUUGGGCCUAGAACAUAAUCCCAGCGUAGUUGGAAAUUUAGCCAUUUAUUUUUUUUUGUUGCCGCACGGCGCACACUAUAUACAUCUCCGAAGAAUUGUGUAUAUUUAAAAUUUUGAAAAGAAAUGUAUUUUGAUUGUAAACAGCAUAGAAGAAUAAAUUGUAAAUACAUGUUCAGUAUGUUUUCAAUGUUGUGAUCAGUAUUUCCUGUGUCACCAUUAAACAUUUACUUCUA